CCUGGACGGAAAGAUACGCUUUUCACUACCAUUACAUCUUUACUUCUUCUGACUGGACAGGCGACGAUGACGCGCUACGAAUCGGCUCGCGACUGGCCGACUUGGCGCAAGUGGGCUCUGCUAGUGCCCAUCUACCUCAUCGAUCUCUCCGUGUCGUGGGGCGCAUCCUGCUUUUCGCCAGCCCAGAAGAAGUUCCAGAAAGACUUUGGAACAAGCGCCGAGGUGACGACGCUGGGCCUCAGCUUGUACGUCUUAGGUCUUGCCUUGGGCCCAAUGUUCCUGGCUCCGCUCUCAGAGUACUUUGGACGCUCGCCAGUCUACAUCGUGUCCUAUGGUACCUUGCUUGCUUGGUUGCUCGGAACAGCCCUCGCGCCGAACUUGGGUGCAUUCCUCGUCUUUCGUGUCCUUGGAGGAUUGACUGCAAGCUGCACAAUUGCGAAUCUGGGCGGUACCAUAGCAGACCUAUUUCCGCGUCGACACACGGGCAAAGCGAUGGCUUGGUUCCUCUGGGCAGCCACUUGUGGCUCUCCUUUAGGCUAUUUUCUCUUCAGCACCAUAGCUCAAAGUCGAGGCUGGCGCGAUGUCUUUUGGGCCCUGCUCGGGAUAGCAGGAGGCUUCUGGCUCCUCAUGUCGGCCACGCUCUUGAUACUAGGGGAGACGAGGCCAAAGGAGAUGCGAAAGGAGCUAACGGCGUCCAAUUUAGCGAGAGAUCUCCUCCAAAGGACAAUGACUAGGCCCUUUCGCUUUCUCUCCACCGAGCCCAUCGUCAUGUUUGCCGCCGCCUACAAUGGCUUUCUCUACGGCAUCAGCUUUCUCUUCAACGAUGCGCUUUCCCUCGUCUUUUCUCAGCACAGGUUCAAUACACUAGAGACGGGUCUGGCGUUUCUCGGUAUUGUGGUUGGCAUAUCCAUUGGCCCACUUACCCACAUCCUCUUUCAAGAGCGCUUCUUCCAGCGACGAGUCGCCGCUGUGGCGGGUCCUGCAGACCAGCAUGCUGUUGUGCCCGAAGCCCGUGUUCGCACUGCCAUGAUUGCUGCGGUGACUCUGCCAAUCAGCCUCUUCUGGUUCGCCUGGACAUCGUUACCGAGUGUGCAUUGGAUUGUGCCUAUCCUCGCCUGCGUACUGUGGGGCUGGAGUUUCUAUACCUUGAUCCUCGCCACAUACGAGUUUGUCGUUGACUCUUACGGCAUCUGGUCCGCCAGUGCUUUGGCCGGCGUCGGUCUCGUGAGAAACCUCUGCGGGGCAGGGUUUCCCCUCUUUGCCAAUCAGAUGUACCACCGGCUUGGCUACGAAUGGGCGACAAGCCUGCUCGCUUUCCUAGCCAUCCUCCUCCUUCCCAUCACCUUCGUCCUCUACUUUAAGGGCGAGAAGCUGAGGAUGAAGAGCCCCUUUGCGGCCUCGAUCUCACGCGACGCGUCUCCGAGCUCAGGCGAGAAUGCCGCGGCAGACGUCGAGCAGCCGCUAGAGUACACGCCCGAGGCGGAGGAGAAGAAGAACAAGAUGAUGAAGAGCAGCAGCAGCUAGGGAGCUUG